AUGACAACGGUUUGCACUAGUACGGACGUGGCGUCGGUUACAUUGGACAAUUGUCUUGAUAUUCUUGUUGAUCUUGGGUGGGAAAGAAGUGUUGGUUCUAUUGAAAAGAUUUAUGUAUCACGAAUAAGUUUAAUAAUUGAAACGAUACAAAGUAUAUUAAAGGUUGGACAAAUUUUUUCCAAUGAUGAGUUGAGGUUUGUUGAAGCGUAUAUCAAAGAAAGGCCUACACGGCAAUUGACAAAACAGGAUCUUAAGGCAUUCAUUUCAAGACUGCUUUAUGAGAAUUCCAUUGGUAAAGUCUUGAGUGAGAAUUUCGGCUUUACAAAUGAGAGAUUAAGAGAUUGUAUUAAAAAUAGAGGCAGCAAUUACAAGCCGCAAGGGCUGGAUGUGGAUGUGGAUGUGGAUGUUGGUGAGUUGUGGAAGAAUGACAAUUAUCGUGCAUAUAAAGCCGAACAGAUUGAGGAGAAAUUGAGAGCAAGGAAAAUGGUAAAUGGGAUUUCAAAAGGGGAAGCUAAUGGCCGAGCAUCCCGUCAUAGUGAACUGGCAAAAGAGAAGGAUACUAAAGAGAAAUUGGAACAAUACUGCAGAGAUUGCAAAAACACUUGUGAAUUGUUAAGGACACAGAUUUCUAAUCUAAGCACUACUUUGAGAACUUUAGAAACCACUAUUGCAGAGCAAGACCGAUUGAUUCAAACUCUAAGAAUAAAAGAGCUGUCAUCUACCCAUCUUCUCUUGGAUUUUGUCAGAAAGAUUUGUGCAUAUUUUAUGGAGUUGUGUUCAAAAUUUAGCACCACUAGAGUUUCACCACCUUCUAUUGCUCUUUGCAAUAAAACGCGCUUGAAAAUUCCAUCAGGAAAAGAUCAUCAACAUAUGCAAUACAUACUACUAGCUCUGAUUUCAAUCUGUGCAUUCAUCGUACUCCUCAUUUUGGCAUCGUUUUUUCUCAAUGGAUACAGAAAUAGUAGUAGCAUGGGCUACAUUUAUGAUACUCACGAUCGACCUAGCCUGUUGCCAUUACUCGAUUUUUGUAGCCGCCGAUUCCCCAUGCUAGAAGAGAGGUUAUAUAGAUAUUUCGAAUGGUAA